AUGCAGCUGUUCCCUCUUCUAUCGUUAGCGUUAUCUUUGGCCUAUUCUCAGGCUGUUUUGGGUUCUUCCUCAGACUCUUACGUCAGGUUUCCCGUUCAAAAGCUAGCAAAUGUCCCAGGAAUGGGCUCGCAAGAUGUAUCUAACGUUUUCAAAAGAGAUGACGUCCUGAAUUCGACUUUGAUUAAUGCCGUAGGAAUGUACGUCGUCAAGGUGGAAAUCGGAACCCCUCCCCAAACCGCGUACCUUCAGUUAGACACUGGCUCUUCUGAUAUGUAUGUAAAUGAUGCUGAUAGUCCAUAUUGCGUAUUGAUGUCUUACGGGUCAGGCUACGCUUCGACCGACAAUUACGAGCUCACAGCAACUGCCACCGAGCUUCCUUCUUCCACUAUAUCGUCGGAGAGUUACAGUACUCUUUGUGCCUACUGGGGCACAUUCAGUGUCGGCAACUCCUCUACUUUCAAGUACAAUGACACUCAGUUCGAUGAGACUUACGGCGAUGGUACGUAUUACAGAGGCACGUAUGGAACAGACGUUGUUUCUUUAGGUAAUAUUACGCUAGAAAGUUUUUCGUUUGGAGUGGCCAACAACACAGAAAACCAAGGUGGUAUUCUGGGCAUAUCACUUCCUGCUGGAGAAAAUACACAUUCGCUUGGAGGAGCCUAUAACACGACCCCCUUUGAAUAUGAAAACUUUCCAAUGGCACUGAAAAGCCACGGAAAGAUUGAGAAGAUAGCAUAUUCCUUGUUUCUGAAUGAACCUAAAGCACAUUUCGGAAGCAUCCUGUUCGGAGCAGUCGACAAAAGCAAAUACUCGGGGCAGCUUUACACCCUGCCUAUGCUGCAGGCUUACGAUACCCUCGAUUCAGUGAGUCCAGGAAUGUUUGUUACAGCGCAGAGCGUCGCGGUUUUGAAUGGCGACUCUGGAAACAAAACUGUGUCGAAGGUCCGAUUCCCGGUGUUGUUUGAUUCUGGUACCACCUAUUCUAGUCUGCCUACUGAAGUUGCACAUGCAAUCGGUAAAAGUUUUGACGGAAAGUACAGUUCUGGCGAUCAAGGCUACACCUUUGAUUGUUCAAAAGUAAAGGAUACUCUACUGUCUAUUGAUUUUGGAGGAUUCAAUAUAUCGGCAAACAUAUCCAAUUUUGUGACACGGACGAAGGACCACUGUCUUCUGAACAUUGAAGCCGCUGACUCAGGAUUCGUGUUGGGAGACGCAUUUCUUGUUGACGCAUAUGUUGUCUUUGACUUGGAAAGUCACGAGGUUUCUAUUGCGCAGGCUAGUUUUGACGAUAAAAAAGAAGAGAUUGAGGUUAUCUCUGACAGAGUUCCGGGUGCCAUCCGAGCUCCCGGAUACUCUAGUACGUGGGUGUAUACACCAGGCAGCCCCAUCGGAACAGGAGAUUUCUACAACGUCAGUUGGACCUCCUAUUCAGGGUAUUCAGAGUAUCAAUCGUUAGUUGCCACUGCGGUUGUUAGUAGUAGUGACAGUAGCGGUGGUAGUGACAGUAGCAGCAGCAGCAGCAGCAGCAGCAGCAGCCGCUCAGCUGAAACAACUACAGAAAAGCAUAACGCCGGCGAUAGGCUCUACCAAUCAUCUUUUCCUUUUUCUUUGGCUUCUUUCUUAUCUUAUUUCCUCUUGUAA